UCAAAAUAGUCCAAAUGCUGCGAACAAGGACAUCGACGGCCGUGUUUCGGCGGCCAAUACUAUCCCGAUCGUUUCGAACGACACCAAAAUGCCGUGACGAAGCCGUGUCUGACGAAUCCUCCCAGUCCGCUGAGACCAAACUGACACUAACGCCCCAGGAACUUGCACGCCAACGAGCCGAUGCAUGGCUAAAGGAAGAAUCUGGCGGUCUAAAAUUCAAGAACGCUAGUACAGCCACCUUUGUUGGAAAGGGUGAUAGGCCCUUUCCCAUGAACCCUCUUUUUCGACCACAAGCACCUCUCAACGAUGCAACACGCAACGAGAUAUUCAAAUUUUACCUAGAAGACCCCAAACACUGGACUCCUCGUGCGCUAGCGGAGCAUUUUGGUUUAUCUAUUGUUCGCGUACAGGCCAUUUUGCGGUUAAAGGCUUUGGGAGAACAGUGGAAGAAGGAGGACAAACCGUUGCAAACGGAGCUGACCCGCGGCAUGGAGAACAUGUUGAAUUCGGUGGAGUUGAAACCUGGGCAAAGGCGCCUCCGACCACGGGAGCAGUUGCGAUCCACUCCAGCGAAACGAUUGCAGCCGUUCUUCCGUAUGAUGAAUGAGGAGGAACUUUUCACUCCCGAGGACGCGGCAAAGUUGAUGCAAAUGGAUCCUUACGCCAAUCUACAGCGCAAGUUGGACGAAGCUGCUGACCAUGUGUUCCAAAUGGAAGCACCAAAGAGUAAGGAAGUCUCGAAGCCUUUGCGGGAGGAUGCGGCUCAGAAGAGUCGGUUUCAGUUCAUGAUUGUUGACAAUGGGAACGUCGAGAAAGCAAAAGUGCUGAUCCGGGAUAGAGAUGGCAAGUUGCGUAAUGCAACUGUUGAGGAGAGGUUCAGGCGAAAGAACCAAAAGCCAAAGUUCAUUAUGUAAUCGCCACUGACCCAUGUAGAAAUCACUUAUUUUAUUGAAUCAUUAUCCACAAAAAAAUCGAAAGAAAAUAUAGGCUAGGGUAACAAACUUUUAUGGUUAUCCCUCGUUCUUUUCUGACCUCUGUAGGGUUAGAUGAAGAAGAGAGACGAUAGGGGAUACGUGACCGGUGGCUUCUUGGACCUGCUCUGUAGCAUACUGCAAAUCAGC